AAUAGAAGAGAGAACUCGUCACUUCUCUAUUCUCUCUCUGCGCGUUUUAUUUCUUCUCGCUGCUUUGCGCGUUUCUGCUGCGCCCUCGUCCGCUUCUCUUCACCACCGCACUUUGUUCCCAUCACCACCUUCCCUCUCCUCCUCUUCCUCUUCCUCUUCUCCAGUGCACCAGCUGCUCUUCUGCACUUCUGCUGCUCUCUCUAGAGCUCUCUCAUCUACCCCCCACCCAUCACCUCUCAUCACCCCCCCCCUCGCCGCAAUGAUCCCUCGCGCAGCCACGCCCCUCACCCUGCUUCUCCUCGUCGCCUUCGGCCUCCAGCUCGUCUCCGUGCUCUCCGUCCCCGUCGUCGAUAAAAUCGUGCUCGCAAACUACCAGAACGUCAAGUUCGGUGUCUUUGGCUACUGCACAAACUCCUCCUGCUCCAGCGUCAGAGUCGGUUAUCCCGACUCAAUCAUUGAUGGCUCCGGAACAACAGACUGGUCUCUGCCCUCCGGCGCCCGCCAGUCUCUCACAAACCUGCUCAUCGUGCACCCGAUCGCGGCAGGCUUCACCCUCAUCCUCCUCGUGCUCGCGCUCGUCGCCCACUUCCACCAGCCCGCCAACUCCCCGCGCUACCUGCUCGCGCUCCUCAUCUUCUGUCUCCCGACCUUCAUUCUCUCGCUCCUGGCCUUCCUCGUCGACAUCCUCCUCUUCGUGCCCCAUCUGGCCUGGGGCGGCUGGAUCGUGCUCGGGGCGACUGUCAUCAUCGCGAUCGCGUCCCUCAUCCUCUGCACGAUGCGCCGCACUCUCUCCUCCCGCAAGGCAAUGAACAAGCGCAUCUUUGACGAGGACGAGUCCGCGGGGGCUAUGCGUCUCAACCAAAUGUCGUUCUUCCCGCCCGGCACCGCGAACCCGGACGACGGCAACGCCGACCGCGAGGUGCUCAUCUACGACAACGAGGCAAAGACGUCGGCUAUCUUUGAGUCGUCCACGAACGACGACGAAGACGACGACGAGGACGACGACGACGACGCCGAUCUCGAUGACGAGGCCGCCUCGCUCAAUCGCAGAAACAACAGCGCGACCGUCGGCCACGCCAUCUCGGACUACGAAAGCACGCCAGACACGCGCGCCGCGCCGCCGCCGGGUCAAAAUAGAGGCCCGCAGCAGCAGCGAUUUGAUCAGUACGGCCGCCCUCUCCCACAACAAGAGUACAACCGCUACGGCCCACAGCAGCAGCGCCCUUACGGCCGUCAACCUCCCCAGCAGGGCCCCGACGGUGCCUACGACCGUCGCGCAAACGGUCCUUAUGGCCAGCAGCCGCCGAACGGCUACUACCCGCGCGACCGUCUGCCUCGCGGCCAGAUGCCGCCGUACCAGCAGCAGCGAGGCGGCCCGCGUGGUCGUGCGCUGACGCCCGGACAAGAGAUGGGCGGCGGUCCGCGACCUCCGUACGCGGUCGUGCUGCCGUCUGCGUCUGGAAGCACGCCGCCGCAGCCGAUGGCAUCGUACGUCACCGCGCGGGACUCGCUUGGAUCUGAGCUCGAGUCGCCGAGCGGGAUCCCUGUUGCCGGUGCAGAGGUCGGCGGCGGUGCGGUUGGCGAAGGAGUGGGUGCGUCGUCGGCACUGGCGGGACCGACUGAGCUUCCUGUCGCGGGCACGCCUGUGGACAACGCGAGUGCGCGCCGCGGCACUGAUGAGUCGCAGGGCGAGUACGUCCCGCCACGACAGAACUGGGGCGAAGAAGAUGUCGCCGUUGUUGCUAGUGCUGGUGCUGCUGGUGUCGCUGCUGGUGUCGCUGCUGAGCAAGAAGCGGCCCCGCGCAGAAGACAGAACAGCACGAACUACUACGACGACGUCGAUCCGCAGUACGCGAGCGAGAUCCACGCAGGCUACACGCAGACCGUCUCGCCCGUGUCGCUACCCAGCGCGCGCUCGCCGUACGAGGAGUUCCGUCCGCCGCAGGGACCCAACUACUUUGACUCCCAGCAGCAGCAGCAGCAGCAGCAGCGCCGAGGCCAGCCGCGAGUCGCGAUGGGCGGCGCGCCGCCGGUGUCGCCAGGCGGAGGACCGCAACCGCAGCCGUACGCGUCGCGACCGAUGUACCCGCCCGAGUUUGCGCAGCCGAGCAGCUACGUGCCCGCGCCGCCGCACUCGCCGGACGGGUCGAUCUCGAGCCAGUUCACGUCGGUGUCGCAGCGGGGCGUGAAUCCGCGGUACUACACGGGUGGUCCGACCGCGCCGCCCAAGAUGCAGCAGAGCCUGCAGCCACUGCCGCCGCAGACGGGGGGCGCGCUGACGGCCGCGCAGCAGGCGAAGCGGGACCGCACGGAGAUGAUGUUGCGGGCCAACCCUGAUUUCACGAUCGAGGGCAUCGCGCCGACGAGACGGGGCGCUGCGCGGGGGAUUCCGCAGGCGGCGACGAUGGGGCGGGCGAAGGACUCGCCGUACGCGCCGGCUGCGUCGCGGAUGUAGUAGCAAGUGAGUCGUGAGGAGAAAAUGUAUAAGUUAGGGAUAUCUCUGUUUGCUUUUUCGUGCUUGUGUCGUGCUUGUGCUU